AGGGCCGGAGAGGGAAGAAAGCAGUCGGGAGUAAAAGUAGCUGCUAGGCUUUCCCGCAGCAGCUGGGCAGCUGCAUGUUUUAGGGGCUCUGGCUGGACGCUGCCGUCCUUGCACCCCGGCGUGGAGCGGCCUGGCUGUCCUGCAUCCCAUCUUCCCCCCGCGAGCCCGAGAGGAGCGUGAGCAGCCCUGGGGAGGAGUGUGCCGGCGUGCUAUGGAGGAAGGCAGGGGCUGGGCGGCUGGGACGUCGACGAGCCCCCCCGGGAAUUGCAUGGACUUGUGCUGAAGCCAACUCUGGGGAUGUCGCUCUUUGGAUGGAAAUUUGGGAAGAAGAAAUUCAAAGAGGAAGAGAGGCAGCUUCAGGCAAACAACCGGGACUUCAACCUGCAGUUCCAGUAUGCUAGCAAUUCCAUCAAAACCUCGAAAUACAACGUCUUCACUUUCCUGCCUCUCAACCUGUUCGAGCAGUUCCAGCGAAUAGCCAACGCCUACUUUCUUUUCCUGCUGAUCCUGCAGCUCAUCCCUGAGAUCUCCUCCCUGGCCUGGUUUACGACCGUGGUGCCCCUCGUCCUGGUGCUGGCCGUGUCGGGCAUCAAGGAUGCCAUCGAUGACUUCAAUCGGCACAGGAGCGACAAUCACGUCAACAACCGCCCGGUGCAGGUGCUGAUCAACAGCAGGUUGAAGGAGGAUAAAUGGAUGAACGUCCAAGUCGGGGACAUCAUCAAACUAGAGAACAACAACUUUGUGACGGCUGACCUGCUGUUGCUGUCGAGCAGCGAGCCGCACAGCCUGACGUACAUCGAGACGGCCGAACUGGAUGGCGAAACCAACCUCAAGGUGAAGCAGGCGCUGACGGUCACUGCGGAGAUGGGAGAGGAUCUUCAGAAGCUGAGUGAUUUCAAAGGCGAAGUCAAAUGCGAGGCGCCCAACAACAAACUGGAUAAGUUCAUGGGGACUCUGACGGUCCACGGCGAGAAAUACGCCCUGGACAACGAGAAGAUGUUGCUGCGAGGCUGCACCAUCAGGAACACGGAGUGGUGCUUCGGGCUGGUCAUCUUCGCUGGGCCAGACACCAAGUUAAUGCAGAACAGUGGGAAAACAACAUUCAAACGGACGAGCAUCGAUCGGCUAAUGAACUUCCUUGUGCUUCUGAUCUUUGCCUUCUUGGCCCUGAUGUGCUUCAUCCUGGCGAUCGGGAACGGUAUCUGGGAGCACGACAAAGGCUACUACUUCCAGGUCUACCUGCCGUGGGCGGAGGGUGUGAACGCUGCUGCCUACUCGGGGUUCCUUAUGUUCUGGUCCUACGUGAUCAUCCUGAACACCGUGGUGCCCAUUUCCCUCUAUGUCAGCGUGGAGAUCAUUCGCUUGGGCAACAGCUUCUAUAUCGACUGGGACCGGAAGAUGUACUACCCGCUGAAGGACACGCCGGCACAGGCUCGCACCACCACGCUCAACGAGGAGCUGGGGCAGAUCAAGUACAUCUUCUCGGACAAGACGGGGACGCUCACCCAGAACAUCAUGGCCUUCAACAAGUGCUCCAUCAACGGGAAGUCCUAUGGUGAUGUGUACGACCUGAUGGGGAAUAGGAUUGAGGUUACCGAGGAGACGGAGAAGGUGGAUUUCUCCUACAACCCGCUGGCCGACCCCAAGUUUGCGUUCCACGACCACAGCCUGGUGGAAGCCGUGAAGCUAAAUGAUGCCCCGACGCACAGUUUUUUCCGCUUGCUCUCGCUGUGCCACACAGUGAUGCCGGAGGAGAAGGUGGAAGGUCAGUUGGUGUACCAGGCCCAGUCCCCCGACGAGGGAGCCCUCGUCACCGCCGCCAGGAACUUCGGUUUCGUCUUUCGCGCCCGCACGCCGGAGACCAUUACAGUGGUGGAGAUGGGGGAGACCAAGACCUACCAGCUCCUGGCGAUUCUGGACUUCAACAAUGUGCGCAAACGGAUGUCGGUCAUUGUGCGGAGCCCAGAAGGCAACUUGACCUUGUACUGCAAAGGGGCUGACACGAUCCUGUACGAGCUGCUGCAUCCUUCCUGCGGGGACCUCAAGGAGGAGACCACGGAGCACCUGAACGAAUUUGCUGGGGAAGGCUUGCGGACGCUGGUCGUGGCCUUCAAAAACUUGGAGGAAAAAUACUUUGAGGACUGGAUCAAGCGGCACCACCAAGCGAGCACAGUCCUGGAAGGGCGGGAAGAGAAGCUGUCCAAGUUGUACGAGGAGAUCGAGAAAGACUUAAUGCUGCUGGGCGCCACGGCCAUCGAGGACAAGCUGCAGGAUGGGGUCCCGCAGACCAUCGAGACCCUCAGCAAGGCCCACAUUAAACUCUGGGUGCUGACCGGAGACAAGCAAGAGACGGCGGUGAACAUCGGCUACUCCUGCAACCUGCUGUACGACGACAUGGCCGACAUCUUCAUCAUCGAGGGCAGCACCUCCAGCGAUGUCCUCACCGAGCUCAGGGACGCCCGGAAGAAGAUGAAGCCUGAGUCCUUCUCGGAGAGCGACGAAGCGAAUGUCCAGUUUGAAAAGAAAACCAAGAAGUCGUGCAUCCUGCCUGAGGAGCAAGCCAACGGGGUGUACGGCCUCAUCAUCAAUGGCCACAGCCUGGCCUAUGCGCUGGAAGGGAACCUGGAGCAGGAGCUGGUGCGGACGGCUUGCAUGUGCAAGGUGGUGAUCUGCUGUCGGGUGACACCGCUGCAGAAGGCGCAGGUGGUGGAGCUGGUGAAGAAGUACAAGAAGGCCGUGACGCUGGCCAUCGGCGACGGAGCCAACGACGUCAGCAUGAUCAAGACCGCCCACAUCGGGGUGGGGAUCAGCGGCCAGGAGGGGAUGCAAGCUGUGCUCUCCAGCGACUUUUCCUUUGCGCAGUUCCGCUACCUGCAGCGCCUGCUCUUGGUCCACGGCCGGUGGUCCUACAUCCGCAUGUGCAAGUUCCUCCGGUACUUCUUCUACAAGAACUUCGCCUUCACGCUCGUCCACUUCUGGUAUGGCUUCUUCUCCGGCUUCUCUGCACAGACGGUGUAUGACGAGUGGUUCAUCACCCUUUACAACCUCAUCUAUACCUCUCUCCCGGUGCUAGGGAUGAGUCUCUUUGACCAGGACGUGGACGACGGCUGGAGCAUGCAGUUCCCCCAGCUCUACACGCCCGGGCAGCAGAACCUGUAUUUCAACAAGGUGGAGUUCAUCAAGUGCAUGCUGCACGGGGUCUACAGCUCCCUCAUCCUCUUCUUCGUCCCCUACGGCGCCAUGUAUGACACCAUGCGGAGCGACGGCAAGGCCGUUGCUGACUACCAGUCCUUCGCCCUCAUGGCCCAGACCUGCCUGCUCAUCGUGGUCUCUGUACAGAUCGGGCUGGACACUGCCUACUGGACAGCUGUGAACCAAUUCUUCAUUUGGGGCAGCCUCGCUGUGUACUUCGCCAUCACCUUCACCAUGUACAGUGACGGCGCGUACCUGAUCUUCACGGCCUCCUUCCCGUUUGUUGGUACCGCCAGGAACACCCUGACCCAGCCCAACGUCUGGCUGGCCAUCUUCCUCAGCAUCAUCCUCUGCGUGCUGCCUGUGGUCGGCUACCGGUUCCUGAAGGUGCAGCUCAAGCCGACGGUCAGCGACAAGGUCGUACAGAAGAUAAAGGAGUAUAAGAAGCGGCCCCUGCCCCCCUCGCCCAAGAGGCGCCUACGCCGGACCAGCACCCGCCGCUCGGGCUAUGCCUUCUCCCACCAGCACGGCUUCGGCGCCCUCAUCAUGUCGGGCAGGAACAUGCGGCCAAAGUCGCCCUUUGGCGUCACAGGGACGUUUUCCCCCAACAGCGAGAAAAACCGACACAAGUGAGAGCCAGGAAGAGAUGCCAGCUGGGCUCUGCAUAGCUGCCCGGACACAGCCCUGCAAUGGGGAUCAGGGCCUUUUCCUUUCAUCUGUGCUGCUCUGUGACUUGUGCUCCCAGGCCGAGGGGCACGGGGGCAAUUCUGCUCCUGCCGGCCUGCAAGGGGUUGGAGCGCGUGGUGCAAAGCUGGGUGCGCUCACGAGAUCUCCCGUGGUGCCAUCCUUUCGUCCCUCGAUGCAAUACCUUAGAGCACGGCGAUGCUCCGGGGGAGGGAGGCUUGGUGUUGGAAACUCUGCCGUCCCCACGGCUUUGCCUCUGCCGUGAGCGAUGGCAGGGGGAUCCCUGGCCCUGAGAUUCAAGCCCUUUGCUCCCGAAUGGUUGCAUGGCAAGCCUUGGUCUGUGCUGGACCUGAGCACUUUGGAGGGCACGGGGCAGGGGAUGACCCCCCCAAGUCAGUCCAGUGUUGGUCCCUGCUAUAUGGCCCUUGUUCCACGGCAAAGCUCUUCAUCCCUGCACCGACCGGAGCAGUGACGUCCAGGUGCAAGGACUUGUCACCUGGGUGUCCCAGCUGACUCUCAUGGCAGGGCAGACCCAGCCAGGGUCAAGUACACCUUGCCUUGGGACUCUCACAGGGUGGCACUGGGGCAUCGGAGGGCAGAGACUGCCCCGCUGCUGCAGGGCUGGGUUGGGGGCUGCUCCUGUGCAAUGCACGGGGUCGGCUUGGUGGUCUUCUGCCCUCGCCUCUCCUGAGCAGCAAGGGCGAGAAGGUGCUCGGGACCAGGAGCAAUGCAGUUUCCCCAUACCCGCGAGGAUCUGCCAGCUCUUUUGGUCUUGCAUGCGUGGGUUCAUCCACCGUCAGCUGGGAGGAUCUCCAGUGCACCAAAUCACCAGCCGAAAAAGAGGAGCUGUUGAGCGGUUUGGCUUGCGGUGGGGUCCUGGCUUCAACGGUGACCCUGUGAAGCUGCUCGGGCACUAGCUCCCCUUCGGUUUGGCUCUUGGGGACCCAUGUGUGCAGGCAGACGGGCGUGUUGGCGUGGCAGCUUGGAGCGUGGUCACUGUGCCGGCCCGAGCAGCCCCGCGUGUGCCAGUCCCGAGCUGUGAUGCACUCCCAGCAUCGCAUGGUGUUUUGUAGACCUGUUUUUUAACAAUAAAUCAUGACUGAUGGGACGAGUAA